UCGAACAAAAUGGCGCGGUUCAUCAUGUUGAUGUGUGUGUUUCAGUUUCACGUUUAGGUUUUUUUGUUUUUUGUUUUACUGUUCAUGCUGUGUCUGAGUGUUAGUGUUAUUGGUCAGUACUUGAUGGUGACUGUUUUGUGAACCUUCCUGCGUAGUUCAUCCUUCGCACACUGCCUUGAGACAUGGCAACCGAGAAGCCCUUUACAUUCAAUACAAGGACGGAUGCAACCUCAAGAACCAAUGCUUGGGUGAACCGAGCCGGAGUGGUUCUGGAUCCAGACCCUGUCUUCGGAGACCAUGCCCAGCAAAACCAGCCGGGGGUACAUGUACCACCAACGAGACAAGAACAUUUACUGAUGCCGCCCGAGCUACAUGCACUUUUGCAAAAUGCAGAUGCCGUUGUUGAUCAAGCAGAGCACCACCAAGCGAAGGAGCAGGCGAAACUGCUGCAGCGCUUCCAACAGCUCAAGCAAUGGCAACACCAGCAGCAAGAACGUUUGCUGCUUCAACAGCAAGAACAGCUCCAGAUGCUCCAGCUGGAACAGCAGAGGGUGGAGCAGACACUGGUGGCACAGCGGCAGAAGCAGUGGGGAGGAAUUCAACAGGUGAAGCAGUCGCCACCUCGACCUCGCCUUGGUCUCCAUCAACCUAGGAGUCCGCCCUCCAGCCCCCAUGGGUCAAGUGUUCGAGACGCCCUCACCAGAGCACCCAUUUCACUAUCCCAGACGGCAGGCCCGAUGGUACUCAAUCCACUGCUGUUGAGUGCACAAAGGGAUAAUGCGAGCUCUCCUGAUUCAAAGCAAGAUGUGGACUCCUUGAGUGAGAUGGCAAACUCCGUCUUAGAGGAGGGGGUGUACCCUCUACCCAAGACAGCCUCUGAACUCAGCUAUGGCUACAUAGAGGACCAAGACGAUGCAGCGAGGCUUGAAGAUAAAGAGGAGGAGGAGCAGGAAGACGAGACUGAGACGGAGGAGAUUUCUUUAGACGACAGCUUACAAGAUGCUGCUUCCUUGAAUAAUAAGCUGAGCUCGAAGAGUCAACAACAAGAUGCAGCUGAAGAUUUCGAUGACAGACCAAUUCAAUCAGCACUGGGCUCUAGAGCUAAGACGUUUGAGGAGUUGUUAGAACUCAAGCUCAAGGCAGAAUCAGAGUCAACGAAUCAGCCUGCUGUUCAAAAUCAUCCCCAAGAUUCUCCAUGUGACAGCCCCAGGCGUGAGUUCCUCCGCAAAGGCUCAGGCACAGCCCGCUUUGGCGUCGUCUCAAAGAAACCACCCAGACCUCCAUCUUCAAGAACGGCCCAAAGAGGUCCAUCAUCAUUGCCUCCCGGUAAUAAGUCUUCUAAGACUGAUGGUAGAGAUGAAUGGUCUGCAAAGCCAGUCGAGGCUGGGGGUCGCCAGAAGCAGGCAUCCGGUGUCUCAAAGAAGUUGACCUUGCUGAAGCCAGAGACGCGGGAGACGAAGAAGGGUGAUGAAAAGAAAAAGAGGAGCGCCAGAGAAAGGAAAGAAGAGCCACCUCAGAUGGCACGCAAAGUGGCUUCUAAACCUCCUUUAGCCUCAAAGACCAGCCAUCACGAUCCCUUGUCCAGGGAAAAGCUACCCAAUCAGCCAAAGCCUUCUGCUGAUAUGGCAAGACAAGGCAACAACCCUACAAUCACAGUGGACGCAGUGCCGAAUGAGGAAAUGCCUGACCACGACUUGCCAAAAGAGGGCGCCGCCCACGACGAUACCAUCGAGAUGUCCUUCCAGAUACGGAUGCAGGAACGGAAGCACAAUGAGGAGGUAGAGAAGGAUGAGCUGGACUUGUUUGAGUUACUUGAGGAAGCGGCAGAUGAGAACGCUUCCUUCUUCAGUGAUGCGUCUGUCGUUGUCAAAACCUUGCAGCAAGUCUUCCGGCAAAAGGAGAGACCAAUCAGACCGUCCAAUUUGAUAAAAUCUGCUCCUACGCCUCAACCAGUGUCAACUGACAGGGCACAUGACCAGGUUGAUGAUGAAAGUUAUGCCGACGCAGAUCGCACGCUAACCGAUAAUGACAGCAGACACAGCCUGGAAGAGAGAGAUCCUGUCAAGGAAGGAAAAACAUGGAAGACGGGUGGAAGUGCAACGGAAGAAGACUCAGACGAAAUCGAGCAAAUACCUGACGCAAUGUCUCAGAGACAAGGAAAUGUCAGAUUAGCCCCUCAAGGUUCAUCUGGUGGACACCAGUUAAAAUCAGCAACCGGAAAUGAAGAUGAGAAGAUUCUUAAAGGUGAUGAGGAAUCUGCUGACACCGGCGAUAAAGACGAAGAACGAGGGGAUGCUGCAGAAGAGGGCGGAGAAGACGCCAGCGAAGACGAAGACAGUGAUAUGGAGGAUGAAGACAAGAGACCGAGUCGAGAGAUGCAGAGGAAAGCUGCCACCUCCUCCCAUGCAGUUGAUGUAGACUUUGAGGAUGAUGAGAGUUGGGGAGACUUUGGGGAGGUUGUGUCUGAGAGCUCGGAUGAUGGGGAGGAAGAGGAGGAUGAUGAUGCUAGCGUCAUUCUUGCAGGAGCACCUUCAGCAACAUCUACACCCCCACCAGCAGUGUUCAGAAAAGGGCACAGGUCUAUUCUCGAUGGACGAAAAGAAUCAUCAGGAGAAACGUCACAUCAAGAUGCUAUGGCCUCUCCUCCAACAUCCAGUCUGGUGUCCAAACUCUUCCCAAAGCUCAAACCAGUACAGAAGCAGAGUCAGGAGAAGGUAACGGCAAAGCCAAAAGCCCAAGAACCCUCACCGUCUGAGGGACUCCAGUCAAAACUCCUCAAGGAGAAACUUUGCGAGUUGGAGGCGGAGAUUGCCAAAUUCCGUCGAGAGAACGCAGCCUUGGCCAAGCUGAGGCAAGAGAGGGAGAAGGGACUCGCCGCUUUGGAUAAAGAGGUCGUUGACUUUCAGACAUUAAAAGCGGAAGAGCUGAACAGCCUCCAGGAAUACAAAGACGAAGAAAUGAAGAAAUUGAGGAAAGAAAAACGUACUUUUGAGAAAUACCAGAAGGCUGCGAGAGCUCUUCCGGACAAGAAAGAUAGAGAGGAGAUUGAGAUGCUGAAGAAUCAGUUGUCGGAUCUCCAAGAAGAGAUGAGUAGACGAGAGACGAGAUGGACAGCGUCUUCCACUCGUCUCAGAGAUCGCAUCGACAUCCUGGAGAAUGAGAGUACAGAGCUGAGGGAGGAAGUUAAGGUGCUGGAAAAGCAGCGACUUGAAGCAUGGAAGAGAGAAGAUGAGAGAGCCAAGGCCAAGGCAAACCUUCAAAAGCCCAAGCAGCAGAUUCCUGUGAUCAUGAAACAAAAGAUGCCUCCCUUGUCCAUCAUCGGGGACCCAUCAGAGGGGGAAGACAUCGUGGAUCCAUCACGUCCAAGAGGAGACUCUCUGAAAGAACACCCCAGAGCUGGCCCUGCUCCAACAACCCGUCCUCUCACCUCAAAAUCAGAUGGUGUUGCUGUGAAAUCAUCGGAUUCACGGUCUGGCGAUCCAGGGUUGAAGUCGACUCACCGAGGGGUGUCCAUUUCGAGAUCAGAUGGCCAGAUGGUGAAGAUGUCUCACCCACAUCAAAGAUCAGACCAUGAGGGCCUGAAGACAUCCCACCCAAACUUAGGGUCGGACAGUAUGAGCGUAAAACCAGCUGUAGAAGCAAGUAGCGAUGAUGACAUGCCACUCUCCUCGAAGCCCCGUAGACCAUCACAGCGAAAGCGCUCCGUGAGGUUUGACUUUGAAGACUCCCCUAAGAAUGAGCCCCACAAUGGGAUGGCAGACCAGUCCAUGGAUCUCUUCAGUCCAGUCAGGGGUGAUGAGGGGCGUUUGGAAGCAUCUAGAGGGGUGGCGUCGACAUCGCUUCAGGCUGCGGUCAGUCCCAGCGGAAUGGGAGUCCUGGGGGUAAACCGGUCGUCCAAUAAUAACAAUGAGGAGGAUGAGGAAGAGAUUCACCAUCCGAAUGGAAAGAUUGAGGAGAUUCGUGGUGACGGUAGCCGAGUUAUCACCUACGGCAACCAGACCCGAAAGGAGAUCAGCGCCGAUGGUCAGUCUGUCAUCGUUACAUUCUUCAAUGGUGAUAUCAAACAGAUCAUGCCGGACCAAAGAGUGAUGUAUUACUACUCUGAAACACAGACGACGCACACCACUUAUCCGGAUGGGCUGGAAAUUCUACAGUUCAACAACAACCAAACUGAGAAGCACUACCCCAACGGAACGAAAGAGAUCACUUUUCCCGAUCAGACCAUUAAAUAUCUGUUCCCCAACGGUAACGAGGAGAGCAUCUUCCCUGACGGGACGGUGCUACGAGUCGACAACAACGGAGAGAGAACGAUGGAGUUCCCUAACGGCCAGAGGGAAAUUCAUACUGCCCAGUAUAAGAGACGAGAGUACCCCGACGGUACGGUGAAGACAGUCUACCCAGAUGGCCGCCAAGAGACGAGAUACUCCACGGGCAGGAUCCGAGUCAAAGAUAAGGACGGUAGGAUCGUCUUGGAUAAGAAAUGUUGACGAAUGAUGAAGGACUUGGUCGUUCUGAUAUUGCAUGGAGGCGGGAGACAACCAUCGGUCGAGAUGACAAGUGGGGGAACAAUGCUGUGGGAAUAUUUGUCGUUAAAGGCACUAGACACCAUUGGUAAUUUCUCAAAAUAAUUGUUAGCAUAACAACUUACUUGGUAUCGAGC